AGCAGGGGUGGGGGUGACGGAAGAGAGCAAACUUCUGCUCCUCCAGAGGAGGCUCAGGGCCCCUGGAGAGGUCCCUGCGAGGCCCCAGCUCACCUGGCCGCCUUCUCCUCCCUCCAGCCUAGGCGCCCACCUGGACAGGCCGUCGAGAUGGAGCGUGCCCUGCUGACGGGCCCACGGAGCGGUGCGGACCGGAGCUGAGGGCUGCCACCUGCUUCCCCGCCCCCGCGUUGGGCGCGCCUUGCUACCUUUGGGCCCUGGCAAAGUGGCAGAAUGGCUCUAGCGGACGGCUGCCCGUCAUCCCCCUGGUUCUGCGGCGGGCAGUGACGGGGUGAAGGCACCUGGGACUGAGGGGCCAGGGCUGACCUCGCGGCUUGUUCCUGGGCUUGCUGUGCGUCGGGAGGAGAGCCCCGCGGGAGAGGCGUGGCUCUGCCCCGGGCAGUACCAGUCCCGCUCCCCGGGCACAGCCAGCCUCACCAUGGCCCAGGACAUUGACACAGAUGCGCUGCUCGAUCUGAGCUUCUUGACGGAAGAAGAGCACGAGGCUAUUGUGGAGGUGCUGAGCAGGGACUCGCGGCUCAGGGUGCUGGAGGAAGGACGCAUCAGCAAACUGCGCGAGUCCGUUUCUGAUCCCACCCAGCUGAAGAUCCUGACGGGGGACUGGUUCUGCGAGGUCCGCUCCAAGCGCCACCGGCACAAUCACUUCGGUUCUGAUCUCGUUCGGGCCUCCAUCCGCAGGAAGAAGAAACCCAAAGGUGAGCGGGGGCCGAAGCACAGUGCCAGCGUGGGGGACCUGGAGGUGAUCAGUGAGCCAGCAUUCGAGGAGGAGGGUACGUUUGAUGUGCCGGAUGCUGAGGACAGGCUUCCCCAAGAGGCUGCUCACCAGCUGCCCCAUCCCAUAGAGGCUCAGGAGGACACAAGUCAGUCUAGCAAGCAGGAGGCUGAGGGCAAGCCAGAGAGCACCAAUCCGUUCUACCCACUGAAUGCAGAGGAAGAAGAGGUGGAUACUGAUCCGUCCCCGGACAGCCUCGUCACAGGACAGAGUAACGGGGCCUUUCAAAACGGCCAGGAAGCCAGUGCCGGGUCACCCCCAAAGAGCAACAGCGUGGAUCCCGUGAACAAACUGAUGAGCUCCUCUGUAUCCAGCCUCAGCUCGUCCACGCUGAGUGGCAGCAUGAUGAGUUUGUACAGCGACAGCGACGUGGGGAACGUGGAGGUGCGCGGCUGCAUCCAGUUCGCCCUGCAGUACGAGGCCAGGAAGAAGGAGCUGCAGAUCCAGGUCAUCCAGUGCCGGGACCUGGCCGAGGCCAAGAAGCAGCGAUCGGACCCGUAUGUCAAGAGCUACCUCCUGCCAGACAAAUCCAACAGCAAGCGCAAAACGACUGUCAAAAAGCGGAGCCUGGACCCCAUCUUCAACGAGACCCUCAAGUACAAGAUCGAGCAGCUGGAGCUCCAGGGCCGGAUCCUGAACCUGUCCGUCUGGCACCACGACUCCUUGGGGCGUAACCUCUUCAUGGGGGAGGUCGAGCUCGAGCUCAGCUCCUGGGACUGGAGCAACACGGGCCCAGCGUGGUUCAACCUGCAGCCCAGGAUGCGGGUCUUGCCCGACCUUCUCGGCAGCAGGGGCAAGCUGCUCUUCGCACUAAAGUUCAUCCCCGCGGGCACUGACGGGGCUGGGCUCCCUCCCACGGGGGAGCUGCACAUCUGGGUGAAGGCAGCUCAGAGCCUCAUUCCCAGCCGGAGCGGCACCCUGGACUCCUUCAUUCAGUGCUACGUCCUGCCCGACGACAGCAGGACGAGCUGCCAGAAGACGCGGGUGGUGAAGCGGAGCCUGAGCCCCGUGUUCAACCACACCAUGGUGUACGACGGGUUCCAGGCCAAGGACCUGAGCGAGGCCUGCGCCGAGUUCACCGUCUGGGAGCACGAGACCUUCUCCAAGCACCAGCUGGGCGGCAUCCGGCUCAGCCUGGGCACAGGAAGCAGCUACGGGCUCCCGGUGGCGUGGAUGGACUCCACGGAGGAGGAGCGGCAGGUCUGGGAGAGGCUGCUGGCAGAGCCCCGCCAGUGGAUAGAAACCCUGCUGCCCCUGCGGACGAACCUCACCCCCCGGACUUAGCCCCUCGCGCCGGUGCUGGCUCUGAACGCCGCACCCGGCCCCUGCUUCAGGGGGACGGUGAGCCCAUCGCGCCAGGAGGCAGCUGCCCCCCGGCUGGGAAUUGCCGGGCCCGGACUAGAGAGGAACCGAGCUGCCGGGGCACAGGCCCGGCCUCUCCCUGUGUGACUGUACAGAAAAUAAACCCCACGGGGCUGGGGGAA